UUGCCGUAGUGCGUCACAUGUUGACGAAGUGUGCUAGCUGCUGAUGCUACUGAUAGCUUGACAACAUUUAGAAAGUCAAGGGAAAACACAGCAUUUUGGGGGGAGGGUAAAUGAUAUGUUGAUAUAUAUGCGCUUUUUCUUUGUGCCGAUAUGCCUCAAUGUCUUUGUGUGUAGUUGUAUAAAAGACAUCUCGUAAUUUACAUGUUUAAAUGACAGGCUACUGUAGCUAGCGUGCUCGUUAGCUCUAACUGUUGGCUUCAGGUGAGCUAACAUAGUCACCACAGGAGCUUAAAUAAAGAGAGCUCCAGAUGCGGCUAAAGGACCCCUUCUCCUUGAAAGCCGCCGAUAUGACUAAGCGGACUAAUAAACCGAGGAAACCUCGAGAUGAGGAGUCAUCAGAUGAAGUCAGUGGGUUGACUUGCCAGCAUGUGAGCAAGGCAGUGGACCUGAACUCUGUGAAGAAAUCAGUUUUGUCAAACAUGUGGCUUGUUUGCUCUGAAUGCCUAAAGGAGAGGACCAUGAUCGAUGGAGAGCCAGCAGCAUCCAAUGACAUCCUGGUGUGCUUAAAGUGUGGUACCCAGGGCUGUAACCAGUCCGGGAUCCAGCACGCUGUCAAGCACCAUCAAGCUUUCCAUCCAGAGUCUCACUGCAUCACCAUCAGCUUAAGCACAUGGAAGGCCUGGUGUUUUGAAUGUAACGAGGAGCUUUCCACUCACUGCAACAAGAAGGCUUUGGCUCAGACCCUGGACUUUUUACAAAAACAAUCUGUCAAGGCGACAUCAGGUGCAUCACCUAAGAUCAUCAAGCUGCAAGAAGAACCAUUAGACAACACUGACUCAGCCAAAGGCAAAAGUCCGGUCAUUAACAGCACCCUGGUCCCUGUCAAAGGCAUUAAUAACCUCGGCAACACCUGCUUCUUCAAUGCUGUAAUGCAGAACCUGUCUCAGACACACAUGCUCAUCGACCUCAUCCAGGAAGUGAAGGAGAAGGGCUACAAACUGAGGAUCUGCCCCCCUGUCGAGACAAAUCUGACUCCAUUGAUGGUUUCGCUGUCCAGUCCUGAGCCGCUGACCGCAGCCAUGUUUCUUUUCCUACAGAGCAUGAAAGAGCCAGGGAAAAGCCCACUCAGUCCCAAAAUUCUCUUCAACCAGCUUUGCCAGAAGGCUCCACGCUUCAAGGGAUACCAACAACAAGACAGCCAGGAGCUCCUGCACUACUUACUGGACUCCAUACGAGUUGAGGAAACUAAAAGAGUGAAAGCAGGAAUUUUGAAGGCUUUCAAUAAUCCCACGGAGAAGACCGCAGACGAGGACACCAAACGUCAAGUCAAAGCGUAUGGAAAGGAGGGUGUGAGGAUGAACUUUGUGGACCGCAUCUUCGUAGGCGAGCUGACCAGCACAAUAAUGUGUGAAGAGUGUGAGCAUAUCUCCACAGUGAAGGAGGCUUUCAUAGACAUUUCUUUACCCAUCAUAGAGGAGAGGAUAUCGAAACCAUCCAACCCUGGCAGACUGGGGAAGGGCAGCCGGGAGCAGGACAUCCACAUGCCUCACAGCGACCAGGUUCUUUCUGCACCCCAUCCUGUCAACAGAAACAAUAGGAAGCUAAGUGGACAGAAUCAGCAGAGCAGGAGGUCCUCAAGCUCUGUGGAGGAGAAGGGAGCCGGCUGCGGUGUGGAGCGGCCAGAGGAGGAGGGUGUAGCUGGUGGAUCAGCCCGUGGUGUCUCAGUUUGCAAGAUGGCUGUUGCUGGCAGCCUAUCAGAUGGCAGUGAAAGAGACUCUGGUGCACAGGACAGCAGUAAUGACGCUGAUAGUGAGGCCUCAGAGAGCGAGUGGGCCCCGCGCAUCUCGUCCUCAGGCCACAGCCACGGGCACAUGUCCACUUCUACUCUCACUCCAUAUCCCACGCCUGUCUCUGCCUCCUCCUCAUCUUUGUCAUCGUCAACGAGGCAAGGUGGCGCUGUGGAGCAGCUAGUUACUGCAGUGACUAAAGUGAACCUCGGGUUCACUUCUGGCGACUGCUCUCCUUCCACUCACUGUUCUCAGGAGGAGCUGGGAGAGACACAGACACGAGAUAACCUCCAUCAUCAACACCACCAGGGAGCCUUUCAGGUGUUGUCCCACAGUUACACGCCCAGCUCCAAGGAGUGCUCCAUCCAGUCCUGCCUUCAUCAGUUCACCUCUGUGGAGCUGCUAAUGGGCAACAACAAGCUGCUGUGUGAGAGCUGCACUGAACGCAGACAAAAACAGCUGCGCAAGAGCAGCUCAGCAGACAAGAAAGUGGAAAAAAUGUACACCAGCGCGAGGAAGCAAAUGCUGAUCACCUCGCUGCCUCCUGUCAUCACAUUGCAUCUUAAACGCUUCCAUCAGGCAGGAAUGAACUUAAGAAAAGUGAACCGCCAUGUUGACUUUCCACUCAUCUUGGAUCUGGCUCCAUUCUGCUCAGCAUCCUGCAAGAAUCUGGCUGCGGGUGAGCGUGUCCUCUACAGCCUGUACGGGAUUGUUGAGCACAGUGGCUCAAUGCGGGGCGGACACUACACUGCGUAUGUAAAAGUGCGCUCUCCCCAGAGAAAAACAGAACAGCACCACAGGAACCUGUCAGGUCAAGCUGCGCGGGAUAUAGGGAGCAGCCCCCAGGGUCAGUGGGUGUACAUCAGUGAUACCACGGUUCAGACGGUACCAGAGUCCAGGGUACUUAAUUCUCAGGCAUACCUGCUCUUCUAUGAGGAAAUGCUGUAAUGUGACUAAAGUAUUUUUUCCUAUACAUCUGUUUUGCCUUGUUUGUUUUGUUACAUGCCAGUACUGCUCCUCUCAUUGGAUCUGUGAGUCGGUGGAAAAGGGAAAGACGACACUCACUUUCCUUACAUGAGAGGAAUGAACGUUUUCUUUUGCAUAGGAAUUGAAUUAUAAUUUACUCCUCUAAAUAUAUGAUAUGUAAAAGGCAAAUAUCAAAGCAAUUAUUUUUCUGAUUUGUUGAAGCCCAGAUCUUUGUUUUAUUUUUUUUAUUUUUUUUUUUAAAUCCUUCCCUUUAAAAGAGGGCUAGAGAAAAGAGAGUUAUCUCCUGCUGUCACGAUCACGUGCUUGAGAUAUGAACUGCAUGAGGGAGUGUAACAGUAAUUAACAGGAAACAAGUGGAAUUAAUGCAUGUUUAAACUGUGCUCAGCACUGACUAGUUGAUGUCAAUUGUGUGUGUGUAUGUGUGUGUUUGUGCACACAUGUUUAAGUGAAAGAAUGAGUGAGAGACAGGAGAAUGUAGAUUUAAGGUGCUAUGUGUAUCACUUGUACAUCAGUUAACCAUUGAUUAGCACACUAAACUUUAAGGAGUAUGGUUGUAAGACUUAGUUACAUAAACCCCAUCAUGAUGCAGAUCUGCGUCUCACAUGCGGCUCACAUUUGUUGAAAAGUGAGCUUGACGAUGGCAGACGAGAGAUCGUAAGAAACGCAGAGAGAAUAAUGAACUCAGACAUGUUAGUCUUUUUUCAGUAAACAGUAUGAUGCAUGAGGAAAAGUAGCCGUGUCAGUUGUGACAGAGUGGUUCAAAUGUUUGAGAAAAAUGAGCGCCAUGUGGUGUUAAAAAGAGAUUAGUCUUUGUCCUAUUUAUUUAUAAUGACAUUUACAUACUGGUUUGAAAUGUGACACAGAGCACCUUAAAGGAAUAGCACAACUGUUAAGUUACAGCCUACUUUGAAAGGAUUGUUCUUUUCUAUAUCAGAAUGUAUACCUGUAAGACUAUCAGUGAAUUUCAUUUGCCAAAGACAAGUUUUGUAACUGCAAGUCAGAGCAGAAGUUCCAAACCGACAACAAAUUGAGUUUUUUUCUUCACACACACUUUCAUUCAUGUUUGUUCUCUCAAGGUCGUCUGUAAAGUGUUGUUGCGCCAAACCAAUGGACUCAAUGUUUUUCAAACCAAGAAAGCACCCUGUCUGCCUUCGUUGUACUUUAGCUCUACGGUAACUUUUAGCAGAUGUGCAUACAGAUCUAUUAAGAUGUCCAACAAAGAGCCACAGAGUGACUCUAAAUUCCUCAGACUCAAGGGCUCUAAGCCUGACUCCCAAAACUUUUCUUUUUGUCAUGUGCAUGGGUUGAAUCUUCUAAUGGUUAUAUUGCCUGUUCUUGAAAUGUCUGUCAAAUGAGCUCUUCAUCUUUUUUUCUGAAAGUAUUUUAAGUGAAAACAUUUUCUUUCUCAUUGGACAAUUGCCAAAAACACGUAGAAGGGAAAGCAUUGAACAUCUGAAUCUAGACGCUUUUUUUUCUUUGCAGAUGAGACGAGGAUAAAUACAGUGCCUGUACUUCAGGUUUGAGAAACCUAUGCAUGGUGAAAAGAAAAACAUAUGCAUAGAUAAAUGCAAAGAGGGAUAUGUGUGUAAUACUUCUAUACAGUAUGGUUUACUGUAAGCAGAGAGUAUAUAUUUAACUAUACAUACAAGAAACAAAACCAUGGUGCUUCAGGCGUGCAGGGUUUUCCUGAAGAAAACAUGUGAGUUUGGUUAGGAAGUGAUAAACAUUUGGAAUACCUACAUACUAUAUCAAAAUAAAUCUAAUUUAUGAACUGGA